AUGUUCGGCUGCACUUUCACUCUUCGGCCUUUGCGCUGUAUAUCACUCUCCACUCUGCGCUUGCCAUCUCGUUCUUUUCAUAGAUCUGCUAUCAUGUCCGACCUUUCUGUGCAAUUGACUGCGCCGAACGGCCGCUCCUAUACCCAGCCAAUCGGGCUGUUCAUCAACAAUGAGUUUGUGCCAUCCAAGUCCGGCGAGAAGAUCACCUCAGUGAACCCGGCAAACGAGGCCGAGAUCGCCUCCGUAUACGCCGCUGGCGAGGAGGACGUCGAUAUCGCUGUACGGGCUGCGCGCAAGGCCCUGAGGGAUCCCUCAUGGAAGCAGCUCCCUGCUACCGACCGUGGGCAGUUGAUGAUCAAGCUGGCCGAUCUCAUUGAGCAGCACAAGGAGACUCUCGCCACCAUCGAGACCUGGGACAACGGCAAACCUUACUCUGUUUCACUGAAUGAUGACUUGGGCGAGGUCACCGGCACCCUCCGCUACUACGCCGGCUGGGCCGAUAAGUCAUUUGGCCAGACCAUCAGCACCACCCCUGCCAAAUUCGCGUAUACGCUGCGCCAGCCCAUCGGUGUGGUUGGACAGAUUAUCCCCUGGAACUUCCCCUUGGCCAUGGCAGCCUGGAAGCUGGGUCCCGCUCUCGCCUGUGGCAACACCAUCGUCAUGAAGGCCGCCGAGCAGACCCCGCUGAGCAUCCUGUACCUCGCCUCACUGAUCAAAGAAGCCGGGUUCCCCCCCGGGCUUGACAAGGUUGCCUUCACCGGGUCGACGCUGACAGGCCGCGAGAUCAUGAAGAUGGCAGCUGGCUCGCUGAAGAACAUCACGCUCGAAACGGGCGGCAAGUCGCCGCUGCUAGUGUUUGAGGAUGCAGACCUCGAGCAAGCGGCCAAGUGGGCCCAUAUCGGAAUCAUGUACAACCAGGGCCAGGUGUGUACCUCCACAUCACGGAUCUUGGUGCAUGACUCCGUGUACGACAAGUUCGUUGAGCUGUUCAAGGAGGUCGUGGCUACCACCAGUAAGGUCGGAGAUCCUUUUGCCGAUGAUACCUUCCAGGGUCCACAGGUCACCAAAGCUCAAUACGAGCGGGUGCUGUCAUACAUCGAGGCUGGAAAGUCUGAGGGCGCGACUCUGGCUGCCGGUGGCGAGCCACACAAGAAUGUGGGUGACGGCAAGGGCUUCUUUAUUGCGCCUACCAUCUUCACCAAUGUCAAAGAUCACAUGCGGAUCUAUCGUGAGGAGGUCUUCGGACCAUUCGUCGUUAUCUCAAGCUUUACUGCUGAGGAUGAGGCAGUCACUCGGGCUAACGAUACCACCUACGGGCUGGGAGCGGCUCUCUUCACUCGUGACAUCGAGCGUGCGCACCGGGUGGCCUCGGAGAUCGAGGCUGGUAUGGUCUGGAUUAACAGCAGCAAUGACAGCGACUUCCGUGUUCCUUUUGGCGGUGUCAAGCAGAGUGGUAUUGGCCGCGAGCUGGGCGAGGCGGGUCUGGAGGCCUACUCUCAGAUCAAGGCUGUGCACGUGAACAUGGGCACCAAGCUGUAG